CUUUUCUGCCUUGCCUCGCCCUGUUUUCGCCCCUGCUUGCCACUCUGUCGUUUGGCCACUGCUUUGCUGCAUUCUGUCUGCAUUUUCUCUGCGGUGCCUCUGGUGCUCAUCCGUGGACGCUGGUCAUCUUCCUGCAGGUGCGAUGCGGCUCUGCCUCGCGAGUGUGGCGUUGCGCCUGUUCAUCGGCGCCGACGUCGAACUCAACCAGCACGGAUUGGACGAGGCCAAGCUGGACAACGCGAUUGCCCUCGUGCAGCGCCAGGUGCGCGGCCUGCGAGCCGAGCACACGGCCCGCGCCCGCGCGGCACGCAAACACAGCUUGCUGCUGGAUCAGCUGUCGGGCACCGUGCAGCAACUGACACAGCAGCUGAACACAUUCGCGGUCGCGACAGCGGCCGUGCUGGAGGUGGAGACUGGCGGAGGGAAGGGCCUGGCCCCCAGUGCCGCAUCGUCCGCAGCGGCGGCUGCAAGCCGCCCGGCGCCCCCGCCGGGCGGGCCCAAAGCCGCCGCUGCCCCACACGCUGCGCCUGCGGCAGGAGAGGCCGCGAGGCCGAACCCGCCGCAGCCGCAAGCGUGCACACACCUGCCGCCGCCGCCACGGGCGAUGGCGGCCAACAAAAUACUGCUUCGUGGCGCAAGCAGCGAGCAGGCGGAGGCGAUGGCGCGCGGCGACUUCUCUGCUCUGGGCCUGGGAGAGGGCUCGAUGGGCAUGUAUGAACGUCGGUGGCGGGCUAGCAACGCGGGUCGCGUUUGGAAUGUGGAGGUAGUGGUGACCAGGGAUCAGCGGGCGGCCUUCAUCAGGGCUGCGGCGCAGAUUAAACACACCGCAGGCGUGACGGUGGCCCCCUUCCUGACGCCGGAGGGGCGGGCAGCUAGGCGCGCGCGGCAAGCCCAGUUCGACAGCCUGGUGGAACGGGGUCUGCAGCCGUACUGGCGGGGCACGGACAUCGUGACUGAGGAGGGGGACCGGCGCUGCGUACACCCCGUGCAGUAAUGCACAUGGCGGAUAACUGAGAGGGGCGCGCACUGUGUGUGUUUUUAAGUCCAGCGGAACUUAGGCUUGUUGUGAAUGCAGGGCUAGGGCACAGACGGUUUUGGUUAUUGAUCCUCUCUCUCACUUUGUGGCUGCCCUUAGGCAUAUUCUGCCCUGUGGGGAAGGGAAGGUAGCUAGUGCCGGCGGGGUGCUUGUUUUGCGGUUGCUGCGGCCACGUGCCGGACUUGGACGGUACAUGACUUUUUGCUAGGCGAACAAACAAUGCAUAGUGGCCAGCUGCCGGCUCGCAGCAGUGUUGAUAUAGACGGAGGUGCGGCUCCUAGAGCCAAACCGACGUCUCACCAAUAUAGACGGAGAUGCGGCUCUUAGGGCCAAAUCAGUGUCUAACCACAAUAGAUGGAGGUGCGGCUCCUGUGGCCAAACUGACGUCUAACGCUACGCGUAGGCUUGGGAGACAUGUACUGCCAGGCUAAUGCGCAACAAACAAGGUGCUAAUGCGCUCCUGGCACUAGCAACUAUGGGUUGUCCGGAUACACGAUCACGUGAUCUGAUAAACAACUGUAAACCGUUGUUACA